UUUUCCUAGUAUAAUUACUUGAUUUAAACUCAAAAAUGAUUUGUGAAAGGGAGCAUAUACAUUUAUGGGACUUGAGUCUGAGUCUUUUUUCCUAACAACCACGUUUUGUGCUGGAAAAAUAAAUCAGCUAACAUCAAUUGCGCAGGGGAUGAGGGAGUGCCUUUCUCAGCAGUUAGUUCAGGGUGGAUUUUAUUUUCUCAAUUCCUUCUUCAUAGGUCAGCUAAUUCCCCUCAUCAAUAAAUGCUUUUCUGUGUAGAGUCUUGUCACACUCCAAUAUUGCAGUUAAGGACAGAAGCAGGUCCUGUGUCAAGAACAGGAGUGGCUUUCACUGCAGCAAAUUCUGCAGUGUUUUCCCCUAACAAUAAAUUCAGAGCACAUUUUGUCUAUUAGGCAUGAAGAAAUGAUCUUUAGUGGCCAUAAAGCCUCUAAUUCAUAUAAGUCCUUGCCCAACUGCUAGGCAGCAACAAGUAAUAAACAGUGAUUUGCAAGACUUUUUAAUUUAGCCUUCAGUGUCCUGAUUUAGGAGUUGAUUCAGGCAGUCUGUCUCCAGUUGCCUUCCUGCCAUGUUAGUCCCAGCACAUAUUUCUCUCUUAUCUCAUUCUACAGCGGAAAGGAUCUGACAAUCGCACAGUAAAAAGGAGUAAAAAAACAAAACAAAAAAACAACCCAUCAAACUGUAACAGAAACAGGACGUGAAGAAUUCGAGUCUUUCUUGAGCAUUUGCUGCAAACAUCAGCCAGAUGAUUUCGAUAUGUUAUUCUUGUCACCAAAAAGUAUUUUUAAGUGUCCUGAGUAUGUCAUAUUGUACAAGUAUGUCACUUGUAAAAUAGGGCAAAGGAAGGCAACAGUUUGCUUUGAAAAACCACCUUAAAAAAGGGCUACAGCCAGAUGUAUCUCAAUUAAAGUCUCAUGGGCGGAGAUGCAGUAUGCACACUGCGUGUGUGAGUACCACUCCCCUUCACAUGCACUAACUCAUACAAGCCCAGUUCACUUUCACCACCCUAGAAACUCACCCUCAUCAUGGCUCAGCCUGCUCUGUUCUGCUCCCAACCUCCUGUUUUUACCAAAGAGAACUAAUUGAGCCCCGUUGAGCCAUCACUUUCCUCUCUGUGCCUGAACCACCUGAGACUAACACAGUUGGAGUUUUGUUAACCCGCCCACACCCCUCAGCCCGCCCCACUCCUCUGUAUGUGUACCAUUCACAGUGCGCUACUAACACCGACGAUCCUUUUUGUUAAAACUCUUUAACAAAAAGCUGCAUGCAGUUUUUUUUUUCUGUUUAAACCCCUUCACUUUCUGUUUGUGAAAGUUGAUGUCAAUCUCUUUGUGAUUAUAAAUAUCCUUUUUGUUUGGUUUGUAUGUUUUUUGGUAGAAUGCAGCACUCUGGUGAAUGUUAGACAAGCUUGGAAUAGUUAUAAUCACAACAGCAAAACACUGCUUAUUAAGAAAUCUCAUCGUUACCUGUUUAUUUGUGCUUGAGGAUGUACUGUAGUGUGUAGUGGUGGGACGGUCUUGCAUUUCACUUAAUGUUUUUGUUUUCUUGCUGACCCAUACUAGUGAUAUAACGGUCUCCGACAUGCACAUUUGGCCCCACAGUGUGCUGAGAGUUCCUGUUGUGUAUGUUUUUGCACUCCUCUUGCCUCUUUGGUUCAUUAUCAGUUGCUUGAUCUUGUGAUGCAUUUGUCAUAGAAAUCAUUAGUAUUAAAAGAAAAGCCUUGCACGCACAUUCAGAGGCCUCAAGUAGUCUGAAGGUAUGUUUUCUCAUUUCUGAAUACUAAUGGUAUCUAUGAAAAUAUCAAAUUAUAAGUGUUGAAAUUGGUGGGAUGUGACGAUUGAUAACAGACCAGAGCCGCUAAGGAUGUCCAAAAACAAGCACAACAGCUAUUUUUCGUAUAUCUGGUGGGGCUACAUGCACACAAUGUGUUCCUCUCUUCACCUGCACACCCGCAUAUCCCCUCACACAUGCAUAUUCUAUCCACCCUGGGCCUUGUAAUGGUAAUCCAAGGCCCACUAGUUCCACUUCUGUCUCUUCCUGUUGCUAUAAUUUUUUGUGACAGCUGCAUAUGUUUCAUGGUGCUCUCCUCGUCAUGGUUACAGAAUCACAGCAAGCUUGGAGUUUCUGGUCUUUGUUUUGUUUAUGCUAGAUUUCCAUACCUGUUCUGUGUUACUUUUCUUUGUGUACUGAGAUCUUGCUCUGUAGUGGUUCAUAUAUGUAUGCGUGUGAUACAUAUAUCGCCCUCUCCUUCCUCCUUCCUACUCCUCCUCCUCUUAACUUCUCAGUUAGUGGAUGUGACUUCAUGUGUUACCUUUAUCAAUGGAAAAAUAUAGAAAUAAUUACGCCCAGUUUCUUUGCCUAAUAAAGGUUUUUAAAAUGCACUCCUACUUCAGGAGGAUAUCUUGUAGUUUACAGAUUACAUAUAGCCUUAUGUAUUGUUCAUAGUUGAAUUCAACCCUUCCUCUCAGUCUCCCACUUUUUAUUCCCCCACACCCAGCCUCCCUUACCACUCUUUGUGCUGGAAGACACUGAUUAUUACACGCUGUAGGUGAUGACGAUAAUGACGAUGGUGUUGGUGGUGGUGGUUGUGCUGAUGAUGGUAGCGUGAUCUGAGUGUUAUUUAUUUAUUUUUUUCUUUGUUAGUGUUUUUUAUUUUUAUUUUGUUUUUAUAUUAUUUUUCACCCGUGCCUACGGGUAAAGCUCCUCUUAUUAUUGGAAUAUUUUUGGUUUUUUUCUUCUCUUCUCUCUCUGCUAGGAUAACAUCGGGCACCGGCUGCUUCAGAAACAUGGCUGGAAGUUGGGCCAAGGCCUUGGCAAAACCAUGCAGGCGAUUUGAUCCUGCCCAUGUUGUGCUGAUGGUAAACUUAGUGGACGCACUGACCCUGUGCCCAUCAUCCUUAAGUAUGAUGUCAUGGGGAUGGGACGAAUGGAGAUGGAGCUGGAUUAUGCCGAGGAUGCCACAGAGAAGAGGAGAGUUCUCGAAGUGGAAAAGGAAGAUACAGAAGAACUGCGACAAAAAUACAAGGACCAGAUGGAAAAAGAAAAAGCCAUUGCAAAAGCUCUGGAAGACCUGAGAGCCAAUUUCUACUGUGAGCUGUGUGACAAACAGUACACCAAACACCAGGAGUUUGACAACCACAUUAACUCUUAUGACCACGCUCACAAGCAGAGGCUUAAAGAGCUGAAGCAGAGAGAGUUUGCUCGUAAUGUGUCAUCACGUUCCCGGAAAGAUGGAAAAAAGCAAGAAAAGAUGCUGCGGCGAUUGCAUGAGCUUGCUGAGCAGAGAAAACAGCAAGACCGAACUCCUGGAAGUGGACCUAUGUUCAAAACAACUACAGUCGCUGUUGAUGGAGAGAAAGGAGAAGACAGCAACAGCAUGACACCUGAGAACAGCAUGACACAGUCUUUGGCAGACACUGCCCUGGAAGGAUCACUGCCAGAUAAAACUGGUCAAGCCUCCCCAAAGUCUGGUCCAACCUUUAGCUUCUCUCUGGGAAAGAAUGCCUCAUCCUCGCCAACUUCCAGCAACGCAUCAAAAGUCAGUGUCUCAUUCUCUUUUGCCAAGAAAGCACCAGUAAAACUGGAGACAGCAGCUGCUGUUUUUGCUGAUCAUGGUGAGGAAGCUAUGGAGACAGAGGAGAGUCAAGAGGGAGAAAAGGCUGGAGGACAAGAUGACACAUCAGGCUGUGGCACAGACAGCCCUAAGGGACUGCCUGGAGGAGGUGAAGGAGGAGAAGGAGGUGGUGCAGCAGGUACAGAAGAGGUGCAGCAGCCUGAUGAUGGAGGAUCUUUAGCAUCAACGCUUAGCAAAUUGAAAAUGAUGAUGAAAACCAAUGAAGGAUAUGUUGGACAAGAGCCUCAGUACUACCACUAUGUACCACCAGCUCACUGUCGAGUAAAGCCACACUUCCAGUUUUUGCUGUUCAUGAAAGCCUCUGAACAGUGUCAGAGCAAAGAUGAAGACGAUGAGGAAGAGACACAAGAGGAGAACAAGGCUGAAGAAAGUCCAGAACAGACAGAGAGCGAUGUGACAGAGUGCAAGACUGAAAAGGAACAAGGCAAUGUUACUGUAGAUGCUGACCCAGACCUAGUUCCUCUAUCAGCUAAAGUAAAGGCAGAAGAGGAGACCCCUUCAUGUGCAGAAGAUGCAGCUCCUGCUGUACCAGCUUCACCCACCCAGAAAGCAGAGACGCGUGAUACUGUGGAUACAAACGCUGGUCCGAAAAUGCCCACUGGUCCCUUCUUUCCAGUCCUGAGCAAAGAUGAGACUACAACCCUCCAGUGGCCAUCGGAGCUCCUUGAAUUUACAAAAGCUCAACCUUCCCUGUCUUACAGUUGCAAUCCCCUCUAUUUUGACUUCAAACUGUCCCGUAACAAAGGAGUGCGUGGUGGGAAAGUGGCAAAGUCCCCCAAGCCUGGUGAAGACACUGAUGACAAGGGACAAGAAGUGAAUGCUUCAUCAUCUGAAGUAGAAAUGGCUACUAAACCUGGAACUAGUGCUGACAAAGACAAGCUAGUGUCAAAAGGAGAGUCUGGGCAGCCAGAAAGUGAAGAACAAAAGGCCACAAGUGGAAGUAAUAGUGCAAAGAAAAAAAAGAAAAAGAAGAAGCAUAAGAAGUCUGCAAAGCAUUCAAAACGCAAAGGAAAAGAAAAAGGAGCGGGAGAAGAUGCAGAAGGUGAGACUGAGGUAACACAAGAAAAGCCCAAAAAAAAGAAAAAACACAAACGUAAGAAGAGCAAAAACAAGGCUCAAGAUCAAGCUGAGGCAACAGGUGAAGAAAAGGAAAAACCUAAACCAAAGUCGGAAGAUAAAGCCGCUGCCUCCUCUGUUCAGCUGACAACUGGAGGGGAAGGAGCAACAGGAAACACAGGAGCAGAACUGGGGAAGCGGAAACGUGGUGCUAAGGAAGUGCCUUGCAAAUCUGGAGCAGAAGGAGGGAAUGGAAAAAGUACUGAGAAGGCCAACUCAUCUGAGGAGCACAGUGGCAACAAAAGACAAAAGACUGACACCAGUGCAUCUCAAAGUGCCUCGUGCUCCACCUCAGCCCAAAAGAGUCCUGGUUCUGGUAGACCUCCCAGCAGUGAAAGUGAAGAAGAAGGGGGCUCUAAUACCCAGCGCUCACGUCAUCACAGGUCAAGCCCGAGGGAACAACGCCGCCACCAUAGUGAAGAAUCAGGGCGAUCCUGCAGCCGUUCAUCAAGACGGGGGGAACGACGAGGUAGCAGUCGCCGGCGUCAUCGUGGCCAAACCUCCCGUAGUCGCUCUUAUUCCAGCAGCUCUGAGCGCUCCUCAGCAGGCAGCAGUGCCUACAGCCACCGUAGCCGAAGCUACUCAGACAGCUACAGCGACUACAGCACAGAAGGUCACAGACGAAGGCGCUCCAAACGUUCAUCCGACUCAGAGUAUGACCGCAGGAGUAGCCGAGGACGUAGACGAUCCAGGAGGCAUCAGUACACAUCUUCCUCUUCAGAAGACUCACGCUCACGUUCACGCAGCUACAGCCGCAGGAAGAGGCACAGACGGCAUCAUCGGAGCAGCUCCAGAAGCUCCAGCAGCUGGAGUCGCAGCACUAGUGCAAGAUCCUGGAGGCGGAGCUACAGUCGUAGCUACAGCUCUGCUAGCCGCUCCUCCAGUUCAAAUAAAGGGUCUCCUCACAGGCGAAGCACUAGGGGUCGAGAGGAUAGUGACACCCAUCGCAGAGACUUCAACCGCUCACGCAUCUACCGCUCCCAGUCUCCACGGUCUUCUUCUUCACGAGGCCUUAACCGCAACACCCAUUCAUCCAGCUCGCUGGGUCUGAGACCAGGGGGGUCUCGAGAUGCAGGAGAACAGAAAAACACUCUAACUGCACGACAGCUGUUGGAGAAGGUUCAGUCCAAGAAAAGCUCUGAAGAUUCUACCACAGGAACAAAAUCUGGGAUUAAGAUUAAAGACCCACCGCAGGGCUAUUUUGGCCCAAAACUACCCCCAUCCCUUGGAAACAAAGCCAUGCUUCCACUAAUUGGUAAGCUGCAGGCAGGGAAAAAGCCAGCAAUUCCUUUAAUCAGACCUGAAGAGGGAGAGAAAUCAGGGACAGGGAAGAGCUCUGAACCUGAAGGAGAGGUUAUAUUAGUAGAGCCUAUAAGGGAGUUCCCACCUCCACCACCACCUCCAGCUCCACCAGUUCAGAAGGUUGAGGAAGCCCCACAGAGCACAGUGACUCAAGAAGAGACACAGCAGCCUGCAACAGAAGACCAGGGGCACCAAGAAACGCGGCCAGUAUUUGAACAAGAACCUUCCAUGAUGAUGCCCCAGUACCAAGGAGAGUCAGGACAAGACCUUUCCCAGAACCCAAUGAUGGAGUCCAUGAUGCCUGAAAUGCAGCAGCAGCAGGCUGCCAUGCAUGCCUACCCUGGUUACCCACCGCCCAGCUUGGAGGAGGAUGGCAUGGAGGCAGAGGAGGAUGGACUGGCUCCUUUGGAAAGUCAGCCAAUUACAUUCACACCAGAGGAGAUGGAGAAAUACAGCAAGCUGCAACAGGCUGCACAACAGCAUAUUCAGCAGCAGCUUUUAGCCAAGCAGGUCAAGACUUUUCCCUCAGCUGCUGCAGCGGCCGCUGCCGCAGCAGCUGCCACUUUGGCCCCAGCGCCCCCUCCACCAGCCCUGCAGCAGAUCCACAUUCAGCAGCCAACUGUGUCCGUAGCUUCUGGCACAUCCAUCACCACAGUGCAACACGCCAUCCUUCAGCACCAUGCAGCCACUGCUGCAGCAAUGGGCAUCCAUCCAGCUCAUCCCCACCACCCACAUCCGGCACAUGCCCAGCUGGCCCAGGUACAUCACAUUCCCCAGCAUCACCUUACCCCCAUCUCCCUGUCUCCUUUGGGGCCCUCACUUGGUCAUUCUCUGGGACACUCACUGGGGCAUGCAGGAUUGAUCCCUGCCCACCCAACAGCCUUCCUCUCUGGUCAGCCAAUCCAUAUUAUCCCUGCUUCUGCACUUCAUCACACCCCCUUAGCUCUCCACCAUGUUCCACACACAGCCCUCUACCCCACACUUUUCACACCCCGACCCUCACAGGCUGCAGCAGCAGCAGCCCUUCAGCUCCACCCACUCUUACACCCAAUAUUCUCAGGACAGGACCUCCAGCACCCCCCUAACCACGGCUCUUGAAAACAAAUGAAAAUGAAGUAGUGUGUUCACAACAACCAACCACUAAAUGAAAGACUUAACCUGAACUCUCUUGGUUUACGGUUUUAAAUAAAGUCUUUGUUACAUCAUGCAGGCUGUAAGAUGUGAAUCUUAUGAGAACUUUACUGGCCUCACAGUGCAGCACGUCACCACAAAGUGGUUAAGACUGCUGGGUUCAAAAUCGACACUAACAUUUUCUUCUGGUACAUGUGAGAUUUUUAUUUUCUCAUUAUUUCACAGAUUUUUUUCUCCCCCUCUAAAAACUGUAGACACUUCCUCUAGACCAUUGGUUUAUAUUACAAUUUGGGAACUAGUAACAGCCUCAGAAACUACUGGAGUUUUUUGUUGUUUUUUCGCUCAUUUUGGCAGCCAAAGAGAUACAUGAUGGCUAAAGGUGUAAGCAGAAUCAUGUUACGAUUCAAGGAAGUGGUUUUGUUCUAGAGGUGAACAUUUUAAUCUGUGUAACCUAAUUUUCAGAGAUGGACUCUUUCAUGAUUACUGAUCUCUUGUUGUGUUUUCAAAUGACUACUCACUCUCUAUUGGAUUCUUGGUUUAAAAGUAAUUUGUAAUGCAGUAACUUGUACAUAGGUCAGUGUGUAAUGUGAAGAAACCCACCAGUGACAGCCAUAUGAAAAAACAAAACAGAUAUGGUGUCCAAACAAGUAUGACACUGUCAUACAAGAAGCCCUCUCUAAAUCGGGGGGAAUGUGAUGAAGGAGUGUAAAUCUCCUGAAUACUCUGAAGCAAAGCUCUUGUUCCCUGGGAUGAGGGUACAUCUGAAUCAAUUGCACUGAAAUCUGUACAUCAAGAUGGUGCCUGUGCAUCAUAUAAUAAGAUUGUAGUAUACUGCAAUAAUUGUAUUUUUCUGUUUUUUAAAUUAUUUUCCAAAAUGCUCUUCAAAAGAAGAGCUGUGUUUGGCUUUUUUUGUGUGUAAUUUUGUAAAUAAAACUGCUGUAGAUUAACCUAUUAACGUUCUACUGGGUUGACACUGCUGUUGGGGGGAGUGGGAAAAGCAGACAAAUGACAAGUUGGAUGGGAGGUGGACACAUGUAUUUUAUCACGGUGGUUUGUUCAUCCCUGCUGGGGUGCCAAACAGCAGUGACCUGUUUAAAAAGAAAAGUAGCAACUCUGUAUUUUUUAAAGACUUAACUCUGUUUCACCAAAUAAAAUCCUGAGUUUGUGUGUCUUUUUCCA